UCUCAGAGGGGCGGGGUUUAAACCUCAGGCAGCAGCACGUUGACAAAGCUCCGACUCCUUCCACCCUGCCGUAACGACGCCGGUCGAGAGGUGAACGCAAGAGGAUCUGAUAGUAACUGGAUUAUCUAGAUUAUUAAGAAUUACCGUCUUGUGGUGCAGCAGUCAGGAGUAGCUCUUUUGUCUCUUCACUAUGGCUGAGACUGAGGGGAAAUUCGACUUUGCCAUCGACCGGGGCGGCACCUUCACCGAUGUCUUUGCUCGUCUGCCUGAUGGUCGAGAGAGAGUCCUGAAACUGCUUUCCAGGGACCCCCAGAACUACAAAGAUGCUCCAACAGAGGGGAUCCGCAGAGUCCUGGAAGAGGAAACAGGGCAGGGUUUUCCUCGUGACCAGCCUGUAGACACCUCUCUGAUCGGGUGGAUCAGAAUGGGCACAACGGUGGCAACCAACGCCCUUCUGGAAAGAGAGGGAGAAAGGACUGCACUCCUGGUCACGCAGGGCUUCAAGGACUUGUUGCACAUUGGCACACAGGCCAGGCCAAAGCUGUUUGAUUUGGAGGUGGCGGUUCCCGAAGUGCUGUAUGAAGAGGUAAUAGAGGUGGACGAGCGAGUCGUCCUCAGGCAAGAUGGCUGCCAGCUACCAAGAAAAGAUCCCAAACGUAUUGUGACAGGCAGUACAGGCGAUUCUCUGGAGGUGUGGAGGGAGCUGGAUCUGAAACGAGUGGAAAAAGACCUCAGAGGAGUUCUGUCUCGCGGGAUCACCAGUCUGGCUGUACUGCUGUUGCACUCGUACACAUGGUCCGAUCAUGAGAAAGCUGUGGGAGACCUAGCACGCCGACUGGGCUUUACUCAAGUGUCUUUGUCCAGCGAGGUCAUGCCCAUGGUGCGGGCGGUGCCUCGGGGUUACACCGUAUGCGCUGAUGCUUAUCUCACACCCAAAAUUCAUCAGUAUUUAAAAGGCUUUACCUCUGGGUUCAAGGGUGGCCUGAAGGAUGUGGACGUCCUGUUCAUGCAGUCAGAUGGUGGUCUGACUCCCAUGGAGCAGUUCUGUGGUUCACGGGCCGUUUUAUCUGGCCCAGCAGGGGGUGUGGUGGGAUACGCCAUCACCUCUUACAGCCAGACGGAGAAAAAACCUGUGAUUGGCUUUGACAUGGGUGGAACAUCCACUGAUGUUAGUCGGUAUGCUGGCCAGUACGAGCACGUGUUUGAGGCUACCACAGCCGGAGUAACCUUGCAAGCACCUCAGCUGGACAUCAACACUGUGGCUGCAGGCGGAGGAUCACGACUCUUUUUCAGAUCAGGGAUGUUUGUGGUUGGGCCAGAGUCUGCAGGUGCACAUCCAGGACCAGCCUGUUAUAGAAAAGGUGGCCCUCUGACUGUAACCGAUGCUAACUUAGCCCUGGGUCGCCUCCUCCCCUCCUUCUUCCCAAAGAUCUUUGGGCCCGGGGAGAAUGAACCACUGUCACUGGAAGAAACCAUGAAGCAUUUUCAUCAUCUGACCCAGGAGAUCAACCUCUUCUUGUCAUCUAACCAAUCACAGGCUAGCUCAAAUGGGGCCAACCACUCACACAACAACACGUCAGAGAUGAGCGUAGAGGAAGUUGCUAUGGGAUUCAUUCGUGUUGCAAAUGAGGCCAUGUGCCGGCCAAUCAGAGCUCUGACACAGGCCAAGGGCCAUGAUACAUCUCAACAUGUGUUGGCAUGUUUCGGGGGUGCAGGUGGCCAACAUGCCUGUGCUAUUGCCCGAGCCCUGGGGAUGAAGACUGUCUUCAUACAUAAAUACAGUGGCGUGCUGUCAGCGUAUGGUUUGGCUCUAGCUGACGUGGUGGAGGAGGUGCAGGAGCCGUGUUCGCUACAGUACGAGCAGGGCUCUUUCACUGAGUUGAAUCGGAGGGUGGAGCAGCUCUCAAAGCGCUGCCGCGAUACACUCUGUGCACGCGGGUUCGCCAGUGCUCAGAUUACCACCGAGGUUUUCCUUCACCUGCGUUACGAGGGCACCGACUGCGCUCUCAUGGUUACUGCUUCCGGUUACCCCAGCAACGCCCAGUCCUGUCUAGCUGGAGACUUCCGCAGUGCCUUCACCAAGCGUUAUCUGAAGGAGUUUGGAUUCACCAUCCCAGACAGACCCAUCAUGGUUGAUGACAUAAGAGUGAGGGGUUGUGGGAAAUCUGGUAUCAAAUCAGUAUAUAAAACAAAGAUGGGACACGGACAGGCCAAACCAGUCACGAUGACCAAGUGUUACUUUGAGGAAGGUUACCUGGACACCAGUGUGUAUCUAUGGGAGGAGCUGCCUUAUGAUCACAACAUCCAGGGACCAGCCAUCAUCAUUGACAAAAACAGUACCAUCCUGGUAGAGCCGUGCUGUGAGGCCCGUCUGACAGAAGGGGGCGAUGUUUGUAUGACUGUCGGCUCUGACCCUCACUGCGUCCUGGGCACAGAGCUCAACACUGUGCAGCUCUCCAUCUUCUCCCACCGCUUCAUGAGCAUAGCAGAACAGAUGGGUAGAGUUCUCCAAAGAACCUCCAUCUCCACCAACAUCAAGGAACGUCUCGACUUCUCCUGUGCUGUGUUUGGACCAGAUGGUGGUUUAGUGUCCAAUGCACCCCACAUCCCCGUGCACCUGGGGGCCAUGCAAGAGACCGUCCAGUACCAGAUCAGAUCACUGGGGAACAAGCUGAAAGAAGGUGAUGUGAUUCUUAGUAACCACCCAUGUGCCGGGGGCAGCCACCUCCCAGACCUCACAGUCAUCACUCCGGUGUUUAAGCAGGGGGUGAGCAGUCCAGUGUUCUUUGUGGCCAGCAGGGGGCACCAUGCCGACAUUGGGGGCAUCACUCCGGGCUCUAUGCCCCCCCACUCCACUUCCCUUCAGCAGGAGGGGGCCGUCUUCACUUCCUUUAAACUGGUCACUGGUGGCGUCUUCCAGGAAGAGGCUGUAACUGAAGCUCUGAUGGCUCCGGCCCAGUACCCAGACUGCUCUGGGACUCGUAAUCUCCAUGACAACCUGUCAGACUUGCGGGCUCAGGUGGCAGCCAAUCAGAGAGGCAGCCAGCUGGUUGGGGAGUUGAUUGACAGCUACGGGUUAGCUGUGGUCCAGGCCUACAUGGGAUACAUUCAGAGUAAUGCAGAGCUGGCAGUGAGGGACAUGCUGAGAGACUUUGCACGUCGUCGACAGCAACAGACUGGCUCACUGGAGGUGGAGUCGGAGGACUUCAUGGAUGAUGGGACACCAAUCAGGCUGCGGGUUCAGAUUAAUGAGAACGAGGGCAGCGCUGUGUUUGACUUCACAGGGACGGGAACAGAGGUUUGGGGGAACUGCAAUGCUCCACGCGCCAUCACCCUCUCUGCCCUCAUCUACUGCCUACGCUGCAUGGUCGGACAGGACAUUCCCCUUAAUCAGGGCUGUCUUGCACCAAUUAAAGUCAUCAUACCUCCUGGCUCAAUCCUUCAGCCUUCCCAAAAUGCAGCUGUGGUUGGAGGAAAUGUACUCACAUCCCAGAGGGUUGUUGAUGUCAUUUUUAAGGCGUUUGAGGUGUGCGGCGCUUCACAGGGCUGCAUGAACAACAUUUCAUUUGGCAGCGAGAGGGUAGGUUACUAUGAGACAGUUGCUGGGGGAGCAGGAGCAGGGCCAGGCUGGACUGGGCGUAGUGGAGUUCACAGUCACAUGACCAACACCCGUAUCACUGACCCCGAGAUCCUGGAGAAGAGAUAUCCCGUCAUUUUAGAGCAGUUUUCUCUGCGGCCCGGCUCAGGAGGUGCAGGAAAAUACUCCGGCGGAGAUGGUGUGAUCCGAAAACUUCUAUUUAGGAGCAAGGUGGUUCUCUCUGUGCUGACUGAGAGGCGUUCCACCCGCCCCUAUGGUCUCCUGGGUGGUGAGGACGGUGCAGCAGGGCUGAACCUGCUUCACAGAGCAGACGGACGAGUCCUCAACCUGGGAGCUAAAACCAGCAUCAGCCUUCAGCCUGGGGACAUGUUCUGCCUCUACACCCCUGGAGGAGGUGGCUUUGGAAGUGAGGAGGAUGCAAACAGGAGACCUCAAACUAAGCGCAGGCGCUUGAAUGAGACUUUCCCAGAGCGAGGCAGCGUCUUUGAAUAUCGUAUGGCACAAGAGGGAGUGUGAAAAGAAAAAUAAGAAGGAGAGGGAGGGAGUUAACAGGCAAGCCAGAAGAGGAGGAGAAGGAAAGAGGUGGGGAAAUUACAGGAAGUCAGGCAGAGUGAGAGAGAGACAGAGUGGGGCAGUUUUCAUCAUGAUACUAUGAGAAAUAAAGAAAGAAGUUAGAGAGGGGAAACAUUUGAAGCCUUGAUAGAAGUCUCACAUAUGAUCAUGGUUUAUGAAACACUAACAGUAAGGCUGUGCUUACAUUAGCAGGCCAGGUGACUGAAUACUAAUCGCUCAGGCUAAGACAUCAGUCAGAUUUGUGUGGUAGGCACAUAAGAUGUAUUGCACAGUUAAAUUUAACAUUUCUCUGAGUUAACCCUUUGCAAUUUUUGCAGUCACAUUUUGAUAAAAACAGAUUUGCCGUUAGGUAAGACAUAAUUUCUAUUUUCGUAACAAACAACUUUUAAAUAAUUUCCAGUCAACUGUGAAAGAAAAAGACAGCCAUGUGAAGCAGCUGCUAAUCUGUUUUUAACUGGAACACACUUAUCUUACAACACAGAGACUCGAUGUGGUUACUCCUGUAACAGCACAGACAAAUAAACCCCAUUUCUAC